AUGGCUACCAGACUUGGUACUGUGUUAAAUAAGCUGAUCUCUGAAGAACAAGUGGCGUUUAUGAAGGGUAGAAACAUUCAUGAGAAUAUAGCUUUGGCGUCUGCAUUGAUCAAUGAGAUCAAUACCUCAGCUCGGAUUUCUGUCAUGAUUAAUGGCUGCCCUGAAGGUUAUUUCAAUAUUACUAGAGUAUUGCGUCAAGGUGAUCCUCUCUCACCUUUGAUCUUUGUUCUUAUUGAAGAUGUUUUAAGUUGCAAUCUUUCCAAGUUGUUUGCAAAUGAUAGUAUGACUGUUAUGGUUAGUAAAAAAGGAGUGGCGCCUACUCACUUACUUUUCGCGGAUGAUAUCCUUAUUUUAUGCAAAGGUAAUCUUCAUAGUUUGCAAAAUUUGAAGAAUAUGCUUGUUUUGUAUGAACGUGCAUCUGGUCAGUGCAUAAAUUAUGCAAAGAGCAAGUUUUAUUUUGGAGGUGAUAGAAUUUCUCGUGCUAUUGCUAUUUCUAACUAUUUGGGUAUGGAGAGAGCUAUGUUUCCAGAUAAAUACUUAGGUAUUCAAUUGAAACCUGGAAUUGUCCGGCAUAUUCACGUUCUCCAAGUGGUCGAGAAGAUUAUAGACAAGUUGGCGGGAUGGAAUGGUAAAAUUUUAUCAUUUGAAGCGAGGCUUGUGCUAAUUAAGUCGGUGAUUUCUAGUUAUGUUAUUCAUUCCAUGGUUGUUUAUAAGUGGCCAUGCACGGUUAUUAAGCAAGUUGAGAGGGCCAUUAGAAAUUUUCUUUGGUCCGAGGAUGCUGAGAAACAUAAAUAUUUUACGGUUCUAUAUGAUGAUCUAUGUCUCUCAAAGCGUGAAGGUGGUCUUGGCAUUAAGAAGUUAAAUGAUGUUAAUAGGGCUAUGCUAAUGAAGCUUUGGAUUUCUAUUCGGGAUUCAAACAAGAUUUGGGCCAGAUUUUUGAAGGCCAAAUACUUUAAGAUCAAUGGCAAUCUGAUAAAUUAUAAGUUGGGUUCUUUGGUUUUUCCUGGGAUUCGCUUGGCUAAAGUAAGUGAUAUCAUUUUUGAUGGUGCUUGGGUUAUUCCUGAUAAAACAAGAGAUUUGAUGAUUUGUUGUAAUAUUGAUAUGGAAAACUUGCCGGUUAUUGCUGGUGGUGAGGAUUAUAAAAUUUGGGAUUUAGAUAGCAAAGGCGUUUUUACAGUUAAGUCGGCUAAGGCCGCUCUUAAGAUGCCGGCAAAAGUUGUGCCUUGUGCAAACCUGAAAAGUGGCGAAACUCUUAGCCACAUCACUUGGCAGUGCAGAGUGGCUAGGAGGAUUUGGGAUUGGGUGGCUGGAACUUUCAAGAUGGAACCAAAUGAAGACCUGGUGGCCUCGUAUAAGGCUGCUAAGGGUCGAAGUAGAAUGAUAAAGGACCUGUGGUUGGUUGCAAAUAUUGCAAUUGUCACGGAAUUAUGGAAGUUACGUAACAAGUCUUAUUUUGAAAAUAUGGUUGUUCAAUGGCUGGGCUUUAAAGGGAGAGUUUAUCAGCUUAUUCGUGAUAAUUCAAUUAGAAUGAAAGGCCACAUGCAUACUACUUUAGAGGAGUUACGCAUUCUGAAUUAUUUCAAAGUGUGA